AAGAAUCAGGACUGGCAUAGCACCAGCAAGGCGGGACGGACGUUUGGAAUAACAACUUAGGUUUUACGACAAUGCCCACUAACCUAACAGUACUAACACCCUUGCUCCCCUCCCAUGCCAUCUAAUGAAGAAACGAGCCCGAACGUGGGUGAGAUAAGGUGGUGACAAGGCCUGGUGGCAAAGUGAAGGUGGAAGCCACCUCGGCAUCAGAGAAUAAAUGAAUGACCGACCAACCCUAAUGAAUACUUGCUUUCAUCUUUUCUUCUACAUGACCGGAAUCCCAUACACAUGCCACAUGCUUUGCUCGUCUUGUUCUUAACAACCACCGGCUCGGCUCCAGGGACAGUUCGUGGUGACAUUUCGACUGUGACAGCAACAGCUAAAUGCAUUUUCUCUCUCUCUCUCUCUCUCUCUCUGGCGUCUGCCUUCCUCGCGAGGGGCUUCAGGACAACAUCCGGGCCGCCCUCCCUCGGGGUUUCCUUCUAUGUACCACGCCGCAAGCAUGGUGAGGGUAGUAAUAGUAAGUGCGUAGAAACUUCCCCAAGUAAUUGUAAAGAAAAGGACAGGAAGGUGAAGAAGUGCAAUGAGCUACUGGAGCCCCGUGUGAAGCGAAAAUAUAAACCCCUCUCGUUGCUGCGACCACUAAUCCGGAGGCGCAAGCUUCAUGGUGUUGCCCUGUCUAUCAUCAAGACAUGACCUACUCCUCAACUGUAGUGGCUUGUGCAUUUUCCUGGCACAUCAGACGGCGUGUACUCCUGGAAACAUUCUUACAUGACGAACCAGAUCCACUAAACUCCUGUGCCGAUCCCA